AUGGCUGCAGUGACCUGGAGGGGUGUGGACGAGCAGAUGAUGAUAAUUGCAGCAUCGCCCCACAAGACGUUUCAGCAGCGUCAGGCUCUGCUACUCUACUUUAUGUAUCGGCGACUGGCGAGUGUGCCACGUGCCUGGGUUGACAUGUCCAACACCCUUGACUUAACCAUCUUCACCAACAAGGAGUUCAAGUACUUCUUUCGCGUGCACUCGUUGAGCCAUUUUCGUCGUCUGGCAAUCAAUCUGAAUGUUCGACCUUGGUAUGGCCGAGAGCAUCGCACAAAGCACAAACGGCACAACGGACUCAAGCUGCAGGCCAUAUCCCUUCCCAAUGGUAUGAUCGGCGCGCUCUUUGGACCAGCACCAGGUCGCUGGCAUGAUGCCAGAAUCUACUCCGCCUCCCACGUAACGGACAAGCUUGAGCACCUCUCCUCGUCCUUGAAAGUUCUGGGAGAUGCUGCAUAUGCUCGGAAUACCUCUUGA